CCAGCGCUCAGCGUUAGGGCAAGUUUUCUCGGGCACGGGCCACCACAGCUGCCCAGCUCACUCAAUUUUUGACAAACAGACCACCGCUCUUUUUCUGAACCACUUGCAAUCACCACCGGCUUCUCGACGCAGGCACCUACGAGAUACCUCAUUUCCGUUUGACGAUUUGAGAAUCUCCAUCUCGACCACCCGCCAACCGCCAAAAUGGUCCGCACCUCCGUCCUGCACGAUGCCCUCAACAGCAUCAACAACGCCGAGAAGGCCGGCAAGCGCCAGGUCCUGAUCCGGCCCUCGUCGAAGGUUAUUGUCAAGUUCCUGCAAGUCAUGCAGCGCCACGGCUACAUUGGCGAGUUCGAGGAGGUCGACAACCACCGCAGCGGCAAGAUCGUUGUCCAGCUCAACGGCCGUCUCAACAAGUGCGGUGUUAUCUCUCCGCGCUACAACGUCCGGCUGGCCGAGCUUGAGAAGUGGGUUGUGAAGCUCCUGCCUGCGCGUCAGUUCGGCUACGUCAUCCUGACCACCUCGGCUGGUAUCAUGGACCACGAGGAGGCCCGUCGCAAGCACGUCGCUGGCAAGAUCAUUGGCUUCUUCUACUAGACACCAAAAAACGAAUGAGAGACGAACGGACCCAAAAGACAAAAAACAUGGAGUGUGUGCGGCGUUGAUCUGCGUUUGAGGGAUACCCAUCCGUGAAUAGAACGGCCUGCAUUUUCCACAUGAUUGUGGCAGAUUAAUUUUCACACAAGACUGCCGGCGUCCCUGCCUGUCCAGGCCCAAGUGGAUUGCACCUGUGAUGUUUGUGAGCACUGUUUUCCGAGCCUCGGUCAGGGAGAUAGUUUCCACGCUGGGUGCAUCU